AUGGCCGCCCAGUCGACACUUCGUCGCCCGGAGGACCCUCUCCUUGCGCUUUACCUGCACUAUUCAGAGUUGAUACGCUCUCGGGUUAAACGAACUUCGAAAAGCACCCGUCUCGUUGCAACGAUUUUAUUGCUUCUAUCGAUCGUCGGCUCAGGAUAUGGAGGAUACAGCUGGCUCCGAGAGCGGGCAAAGGACCGAGCGCAAGGUCGCCGUUUGCUGCGUCGAAACUCGGGCAUCCGAGGGAAAGAUGGGUCUCGCACCAUCUAUGUACCAUACAAGGGGUCUCGCACUUCGAAGGUGUUGAUUCAUCCGACCAAGCCGACCACCUUUGACGCCCAUCGCCGACUGUUCCUGAACCCGCCAGUCUCCGCUCGAAGCAGGGAAGAGGGCGCGGCCAGCCAGAUACCCCCACCGACUACAAAGCCCGGCUUGAAUCUGGCCUUUUUGCACCAGUUCCUCAGUUUGGGUAGUAUCAUGGUUCCGCGAUGGGGAAGCAAGGAAACAGGCCUGCUUAUGAGCCAUGGUGUCUUUCUCCUGCUGAGGACAUAUCUCUCGCUGCUGAUUGCACGGCUGGACGGUGAGAUUGUGAGAGAUCUGGUCGCCGGUAAAGGAAAGGCUUUUUCCUGGGGCAUCGUCAAGUGGUGUGGCAUUGGCACGCUCGCAUCCUACACAAACGCGAUGAUCAAAUUCCUGCAGUCAAAGGUUUCAAUCGCCUUCCGGACCCGACUGACGAGAUACAUUCAUGACCUCUAUCUAACCGAUAAUAACAAUUACUACAAGCUGAUGAACACGGACGGUGGUAUUGGCCAAGGCCCAGACCAGUUCAUUACACAAGACCUCACCCUUUUCUGCUCGGCAGCUGCAUCGCUGUACUCUUCAAUGGGCAAACCUAUGGUGGAUCUGUUUGUAUUCAACUAUCAACUUUACCGCUCGCUUGGCCCUCUUGCUCUGAGUGGAAUCCUCACUGGCUAUUUCAGUACGGCUGUGGUGCUCCGGAAGUUGUCACCGCCGUUUGGAAAAUUGAAGGCAGUCGAGGGCAAGAAGGAAGGUGACUUCCGCGGCCUGCAUUCUAGACUUUUGGCCAAUGCCGAGGAGAUCUCGUUCUAUGGCGGUGCCGAUAUCGAACGACUGUUCCUGGUCCGGAGUUUCAAGGACUUGCAGCGUUGGAUGGAAGGUAUCUACAGCCUGAAGAUCCGAUACAACAUGCUCGAAGACAUGAUCUUGAAAUACUCGUGGUCCGCCUUUGGCUACUUGGUGACCUCCUUGCCGAUCUUCCUUCCCGCCUGGAGCGGCACAGGAGGUGCUUCGGAGCUGGCAGACAUACCGGAGGAAGGAAUGGGCCGUGAGCGCGACCGUAUGAAAGACUUCAUCACCAACAAGCGCCUCAUGCUUUCGCUGGCCGACGCAGGUGGGCGCAUGAUGUACAGCAUCAAGGACAUCUCGGAACUUGCAGGCUACACUUCCCGCGUCUACACUCUCAUCUCCACCCUUCACCGCGUUCAUGCCAACGCCUACUAUCCACCACCGGGCGCACACCCUGAGCUGUACUCUCUCGCCGACGCCCAGGGCACCACCCACAAUGGAUUUGACGGUGUCCGCCUGGAGCAGGUCCCUAUCGUGGCACCUUCGAUCUACCCAAUGGGUGGUGACGAGCUCAUCGAGCAGCUGUCAUUCAUCGUCCACUCGGGUGACCACCUUCUUAUCUCCGGACCCAAUGGUGUCGGCAAGUCUGCCAUUCCCCGCAUCGUGGCCGGACUGUGGCCCGUCUAUCGCGGACUUGUCAGCCGGCCCCGAGGAUUUGGCCUUGACGGCAUCAUGUUCCUUCCCCAGCGACCCUAUCUGAGUGUGGGUACUCUACGGGAUCAGGUUCUCUACCCUCAUACCGAGAUUGACAUGCAUGAAGCUGGAGAAUCCGAUGCUAGCUUGCAGAAGAUCCUGGAUGAUGCGCACCUGGGCUACUUGCCAUCGCGUGAAGGUGGAUGGGAUGCUCGUAAAGAGUGGAAGGAUGUUCUCAGUGGCGGAGAGAAGCAGCGCAUGGCAAUGGCCCGGCUGUUCUACCACGAGCCCCGGUACGCGUUCAUUGAUGAAGGUACCUCGGCCGUCUCUUCCGAUGUCGAAGGUCUGCUGUAUGAGCGGGCUAAAGAGCGUGGCAUUACUCUGAUCACCAUCUCCACUCGUGCAUCUUUGAAGAAAUACCACACCUUUAACCUUACUCUGGGGAUGGGAGAUGAGGGCGAACAGUGGGAGUUUGAGAGAAUCGGCACUGAGAAGGAGAAGCUCGGAGUUGAGAAGGAGCUGCAGGAGCUGCGCAAGCGUCUCGACAAGGUCGACGAAUGGAAGCAGCGCCGUGAGGAGAUUGAGCAGGAACUGUGCAAGGUUUGGGCUACUGAGGGAGAGAUUGCGCCCCCACCUUAUCAGGAGGAAGCAGACGAAGCGGAGGAAGCGUCAGUAGAAGAGGUUUCUGAGGCAUCUGUUGAAGUAACCGCGAACUGA